AUGGCAUCAACAACUAUCACCCCACUUUCUCUAUCUUCUUCCACCCUCAUUGAUACCAAAGCGGCUACUCGUCACUCUGCAGCCGCAUCCUCACAAUGGGUAGCAUUGCCGACCCUCCCUCCAACGCCCAUUCAGUCCCAAAGUCGUGCUGCCAAGACCACUGCCUACAGUCGAAAGAUUGCCCGCAAUGUUAUGGCAAUGGCAACUGGGGAGGCACCAGCUGAAGUUGUUGCAACCACUGAGCUUCCAGAUAUUGCUAAAACAAUUCAAGAAGCUUGGGAUAAAGUCGAAGAUAAGUACGCUGUGACUUCUCUGGCAGUGGCUGGAUGCAUUGCCUUGUGGACCUUUUCUGGAAUGAUCUCAGCUAUUGACAGGCUUCCACUGGUACCUGUUGUUCUUGAGCUAGUGGGAAUAGGAUAUACUGGUUGGUUUGCAUACAAGAACCUGGUUUCCAAAACAAACAGGGAUGUCAUGAUACAGAAAAUUAAAAACACAUACGGGGAAAUUAUUGGAACCAGCUGA